AUGUACCUCUUAUGGCUUCUUGCAUUUGAUUAUCACUUCCCAGAAUGCACCGUAAAGGAAAAGGAAGAUGCCAAAUAUUAUGAAUUCCAAACAAUUACAAUUCCACCUGGACAAUGCUUCGCUACAUGGAGCAGUGCAAUGAUCGGAACUCUUGAUAAUGAAACAAAAUAUAAGGUAUCUUACAAAACAAUGCCAUGCGAAAAUGGUGAGGGAAUUAGUAACGAAAUUGAAUAUAAAUAUGAAAAUCCAUUAUUUUUAAAUAAAGACGGAAGUUCAGUAGAGAAUUAUUACAAAAUACAAGCUGUUAAUCCUCAAAAGGAAAUUGUUCUCUUCUUUUCUAAAAUUAAUCCAACAAUUAGAUCCCAAUUUGUGACAAGGGAUAGUUUUAUUGUCAAUUUAAAUUCUGGCAAUUUUAAUAUAAUUUCUGAUAAAGACAAAGAUGUUUGCAUUGCCUUUAUCUUAAAGUAUCAAUAUCAGCAUGUAAAUUUUGCGUCAAAUGCAAGUAUGGAAUUAAAGAAUGGCACUACGACCCAUGACGGGGACUCUCAAAGUGUGACCACCGCUAAUCCAUAUAUUUUUGAAAUAAAGUAUGACGAACCAACCAGAACAACAAUUGAUUAUUAUAUUGAAAUGAGUAAUUCAGUCUAUGAUUUAAAUAAGCACAUAUUUUAUCAAGGAAUCGUUCCUCUAAUCAACGGACCAAUUACAUAUCAAGAAGCAUUGAAAGCAACAUUCGAUUACAAUCAGGCAUACCAUGACAAAGUAGAUUCAUCUUACUAUUCUAAAUGCCAACACUCAUAUACAAGGAAUGAUAAUGCAGUCAAAACAUUCAAUCUUAAGUCAGGUGAAUGCUUGCGAACUUCAACACCAGUAAUUCUUUCUGGAAAUAAAAAUUAUGAUGCUGAAGGAAUAGUCAUAGAUAAAAAGGGAAGAUAUCAGGGAACAUUUACAUCACAAAACCCACUGUUCUUGUCAGUUAAAGAUGAAGAACAUAAGGUUUAUUCAAAGAUAACAUGUCAUGAAGCAAAGGAAUGUUCAGUUCAAGUAUCAAAGAUUAUACCAACUACUGAUAAAACAGGAUCAUAUGUAACUACAACAAAUAAACAUUUCAAUAAUAAAUCAUUAUUUCAUGCUUUUUUGCAUAUUUAA